AUGGUGAGUUAUGAAGGUAGGUUGGUUGGCAAGUAUAAUGGGCUCUCUGAUUACUCUAGUAGCAAGUUGGGCACGGGUGGCAAUCAAUGUAUUCCAUUUGCAGAGAGGUCCCUUUCACCUGAUUAUGGUGUUUCGGGAAUGAGGGGAAGGGACCCACCUUGGAGAUCUAAUGUAUUUGAUGCAUGGCAUUCUUAUGCAUAUGUUUCUUCAGGAAAUGGGCAUAUCAGUUCUAGAAGAGCUCUAGGUGGUGAUGAUAGGUCAUCUAGAGAAGAACAUGACAGUGAUCAAGUUGGCAAAACAAGAGCUUGGAAUAAGGGACAAGGAUCUGUUAGGCUUGGUGAGGGGCCUUCUACAAGAAGUGUCUGGCAAGCAUCAAAAGAUAUGGCUACUCUGGAAGCAAUUCGAGUGGCUGGGGAAGAUAAUGAAACAUCACGAGCUGCUGCAAGACUUGCUAUUCCUGAAUUAACUGCUAAAGCUUUGGGCAAUGAGAUUAUGGAGGAGGACCGUGACCCAAUCUGGGCUUCUUGGAGCAAUGUUAUGGAUGUGCUUAAUGUAGGUGAUACUCAUUCAGUAUAUACUGAAGUUUUAUCUACAGGGGAUGGUCUUUGA